GUCUUACCGGAAGUAGAUCCGUUCUCGGGCGUUCGCGUUCAGGUGAGCCAGACGCUGAAAGGACGCUUUUUCUUUUAUUUAUUCGUCUUUUUACAUUUAAAGGCCAGAUCAGGACGGUCAGGUUUCCCCGAUGAUCUGUAUUUUGCUGGUAGCCGGGCACGGCGCCGUUUUAGAGGCGCAAAUUAAGAACGAUGAGACGGGCUUGUACAGCCACCUGACUGGGAUACCAAAGGCGUUACUUCCUGGCAUUGGAGGGAAGAAGAUCCUUGACUUUUGGUGGGAAGCUGUGAACAUGCGACAGCUGUUCACCGAGGUGUACCUGGUCACUAAUGCAGAUAAGUACAAGCACUACGAGCGCUGGGCCACAGCUAAUGACUUCCCAGUGGAAAACGUGGUGAAUGAUGGCAGCACUACGUUGGAGGACCGGCUGGGGGCCGUGGCGGACCUGGAGCUCGCCAUACGAAGCCGCAAACUGCAGGAUGACAUCAUGGUGAUUGCUGGAGACAUGCUGUGUGCAGACCAGAACUUCGACAUAGCUCAAGUCAUUCGCUUCUUCAGGUCAAAGCCUGGAGAGCUGAUGAUUUACUAUGAGCUAGAGGAAGGUGAGAGCAGCAGCUCCAGGGGCAUCGUGGAGGUCUGCCCAGACACCAACAGGAUAACUGGCUUCUUGGAGAAACCUCAGGCUGGGCUAACAGAGUCCCGGCUGGCCAGCGUGGUGUUCUACUGCAUCCAGAAGGAGACGCUGACCCACAUGUCAGACUUCCUCAGCCAUAAGCCGGAAGCCAGAGACCGAACAUUCGGACAAUUCUGGGAGUGGCUCAUCAAUGAGAAGCAGCUGGAUGUGUUUGGUAUGAAGCUUCCUACCGGCUUCCAGCUCAUUGGACAAGUGGGCCUGUCGGACUACACCAAGUGGCUCACUCACUAUUCCACCAAGAAGCAGGACAACCCUGCUAAACCAAUCACGUGCCGUUCUUAUGCUAGGGUGGGAUUGAUGGGAAAUCCCUCAGAUGGCUUCAAUGGGAAAACCAUCGCCAUGAGCAUCUCUAACUUCUGGGCCGAGGUCACUCUGGUGGAGAGCCAGACUUUGGUUUUAGUCCCUCAUCCACUCAACGACCCCACAGAGUUUGGCAGUCUGCAGGAUUUGUUCUGCAUCAGCAGGAAGGAGGGGUAUCUGGGAGGUCUGCGACUGCUGCAGGCCACGUGUAAGAAGUUCUACCAGUUCUGCUCCAAGCAAGGCAUCGCUUUGACAAAGCAGAACUUCACACUGAAGUAUGACACCAACAUUCCUCGGCAAGUGGGUCUUGCUGGAAGCAGUGCCAUCGUUUCCGCUACUCUGAAGUGUCUCAUGAAAUUCUACAACAUCACAGACAAUGAUCUACCUAAACCAAUCCGAGCGAACUUCAUCCUGAACGUGGAGACCGAUGAGCUUUUCAUCACCGCAGGGCUGCAGGACAGAGUGGUGCAGGUCUAUGAAGGAUUAAUCUACAUGGAUUUCAGCAGGAAGCUCAUGGAAGAGCAGGGAUACGGUGACUAUGUUUCCCUGGACAUGAGCGACCUUCCACUGUUUUGGCUGGCCUACCUGAGUGAUCCGAGUGACUCUGGGCGCAUCCACAGCAACAUCAGACAACGCUGGCUCGCUGGUACGCUGAAACACUGGAAUCUGACUGGACUACUGCACCUCCCUUUAUUCUGGAUUGAGAGUCUCUCCUCCGCCGGCUACAGCUGAUCCAGAACUCAGCUGCCCGCCUGUUAACAGGAACCAGACUGUGGGAGGACAUUACUCCAGUUCUGUGCUCCCUUCACUGGCUGCUUCUCUUUGAGUUUACUUUAAAUGUGUAAAUGGUCUGGCUGCUCCCGAUCUGUCUGAGCUUCUGCACCAUCACCGUCCUUGUAGAGCUCUGAGGUCUGAAGAUCUUAUGUGGUUAGUAGCUCCCAGGACUGGACUCAGGACUCGGGAAGACGGAGCUUUUUCCUCAGCAGCCCUGAACUCUGGAACGGUCUCCCUCUUUGUGUGAGGUCUGCCAGAACCUCGAAUGGAUUUAAAUCUCUUUUAAAAACUCAUCUUUUUACAUCCAGAGAGCGCCAUCAUCAGGCCAGGCUUUGUACCAUCUUUUCUCCUUUAUUCUUUAUUUUAGUGAUGUUUUGAUGUAUUGUUAUUUUACCUGUGCUGAACUUUGGGUACCUCUUGGUAUGUGAAGUGCUAUAUGAAUAAAGAUUGAUUUGAUUGGAAGCUGUAACGGCUGUAAAUGCAUGCUUCUCCUCCACUAAGGCUGGAACACAAAGACUCCCAUAAAGAGGGUU